GGACAAUACGAGUUAGACUUGUGUUGAUUCAGGGUAAACUAAUGCCGUUAUACAAAUGUUUGUGCGGUUUAUUAACUAUUGCAUCGCUGUAAUCUAACCCACUUCUACCAGUAACAGCACUCUAAUCAUUCUCAUAAAUCGUCUCACAUCAGUCACAAGAACAGCGUUCGAUUUUGAAAAACGAUGAUUGAAUUCGACAGAAUACUGGACAAGAUCGGCCAUCUUGGAAAGUAUCAAAUCAUUUUAUGUUUGUUGGUUUAUUGGCUUGGUGUACCAGCAGGUCUGCAUAACAUUGCAUCAGUAUUUUAUGCUGCGGAAGUUCCGUUCCGGUGCUAUGUACCUCCACUCGAUAACACAUCAGCUUAUCCAAGUCUAACUGAACAGCAGUUGUACAACUACACGACUCCAUACUACGACGGGGAAUACGAGUCUUGCUACCGAUAUGGUUACAACACGAGCACAUGUAUCCCACCUUCCACUUCGUGUGUUAACCAAUCGUACCCAGCUAUUGCAUGUGAUGCCGGUUACUUUUUUGACACUUCUGAGUUCACGUCAACUGUCAACAGCGAGUGGAACUUAGUGUGUGAUAGAAAAAUACUUGGAACAAUGGCCACGUCGAUUUAUUUUGCUGGAAUGUGGACGGGUGCGGUCGUGUCUGGCAACCUGGCAGAUUAUAUAGGGAGAAAAAACACCAUGUUGGCAUGUGCUGUUGGAAACUUAAUAUCUGGAGUAGCUACUGCGUUUACUCCGUGGUUCGAACUUUUCGUCGUUCUUCGAUUUUUCUCAGCUGCGUUUUCUCAUGGAGCAUUCCUUAUUAUGUUUGUAUACGUUGUUGAAAUUACGGGCAAUAAGAGGACUAUAAGUGGGGUGCAUGUCCACACGGCUUUCAGUGUUGGUUAUACUCUAAACUCACUUAUCGCUUACUUUCUACGGGAUUGGAGACAAUUUUACUUUGUUCUUUCACUUACACCAAUUCCUUAUUUCAUCAUCCACUUUUUCAUUCCAUCGUCUCCAAGGUGGCAUUUCUCCAACGGCAGAGAUGAGAUGGGGAAAAAAGUAAGCGAAAGAUUUGCGAAAGGAAACGGGAAAGUCAUAACCGAGAAGGAUUGGACAAAUGCUGUUGUUGCAGAAAAUGACGAAGAUGUAUCCGAACGCACAUACACCUCGUUGGACCUGUUUAAAAGUAAAAGAAUGUGUCUAAUAACCAUCAACUGCAUGUUUAGCUGGUUGGUAAUUUCAAUGGUAUACUAUGGACUUUCUCUUAAUGCUGGUGCCCUUGCCGGAGACAUAUUUUUAAACAAUGCUUUGAACGGAAUUCUGGAAAUUGUUGGCUAUGUCUUUGUACAAUUGACAAUGGAUCGAUGGGGACGAAAAGUCCUGCUUUCAUUUAUGAUGAUUAUGCAAGGCUCAGCUUGCAUAAUUAGCACUGUACUAAGCGAGCUGGCAGACAGUAACGAAGCAAUGGUUACCGCUGGGGUGGUGUUCGCUUUUAUCGGCAAGGUUGGAGUGUCUGGUUCUUUCGCUAUCAUAUUCAACUUCACUGCAGAGCUGUAUCCAACAGUUAUAAGGGGAAAUGCAGUUGGAAUUGGCUCAAUGGCCGCCAGGAUCGGAAGCAUUAGUUCUCCUUUUAUUAUUCUUCUUCAAGAUUAUGUAUCGUGGCUACCAACCUCAAUUUUCGGAUCAAUGUCCGUUUUAGCAGGAUUGUUCGCAAUCUUGCUUCCCGAGACGAUGAAUCGGACGAUGCCGCAAACGAUAGCAGAGGCUGAAUUAUUUUACGCUGGAAAAUAUCAACAAAAAGAAAAGAAAGACGGUAUCAUCGAAAACCCGGUAACAAACAGCACCAUGCUAUAGAUAAAUGAAGGCGGGAUCGACCAACAAAUCAUGAGCAUCAUUUCUGUUUAUAUUAAACAAAUGUAAAUUGUAGCGUAUUGUACAUUAAGUCAUAUAGUAGGGUGGAGGACGACGGGACACCUUUAGCACAUAAUGCCCAAAUAUAUUUUAAACAAUUAAACAUGGAGUCGUGGGGCUAUACUGUUUUAUAAUUCCUUUUGAAUGUUUCUUGCUUGGUACCAAAUGGAACGAAGACAAAUAAUAAAAGGUGUCCCACCUUUCCCCACCCUACUAUCUAGUUUAUUGAGUAAACCCAAAAAUGUCAACUAUAUAAUUAAAAGUAUAAUCGAAUUACUCGUUAGCACCGAACACUUUUCAAAAUGAACACAAGUUUUCAAGGUGAAUAAAACAUAACAAAGUCUGUAUUUAACAUUUUUUGUUUAUAUUCACAAAGAAGAAGCACUUAUUAUACCAAAUCUGCUUUUUGAUCUUCUUAAGCAAAGUUUAGAGAAUGGAAAUAGUCAAAGUUGAGUAAAACUUUUGUUUAAUCCCAUACAUUGUCACACGGCCGAUUUUUUUAAUCCAGCGUUUGAAUUUGCGUUUUAUCACAUAUUGUUUUAGAACCUGUUUCGAUGUUUGAAACUUUAAAGAUCACAUUUGAUAAUUUAUAUUAAUACAUAUUGAUUUCACAUUG